UGUCAUGGAGAGAAGCAGUGACCUUUCUAAUUAGCUCAAAGAGUUUGACCCUCCUAUAGAGCAAGAUAGGUUGCAUGAGCACAUACCUUCUGGUCAGAUGCAGUGCAGUGAUUUCACUCACAGCACAAUUAUUUUUAGCACCACGCUGAGUCUAAAAACAAAGCUAUUUUAAGUUAUUUAUUUUGUUUUUUUUGGAUGAAGGCAGCAAAAUACUUUCUCACUAUCUAUCACAUUUACUUGUGUCGAAGUCAUGGUUCAUGGGAAGAAGCUGGCUAAGGAGACGCUGCUGCCUUCUGUGCUGGAAGAUGAUGACGCAGAAACAGAAAGUGAGAAGCUGCAGCUGGGGGAGCAAAUAGAGGGCCAGACAGAGUUCAACGUGCGUGGGCCAAAGGACCAAUGCUCAAGCCCCGACAGGAACACAAAGGACAGAGGUGAAAGACAGGAUGAAGAAAAAGUGGAGGAGGAAGAGAUUGAACAAGAGAAGCGAGGAGGAGAGGAACGUGUGAGCUCUGAUGAGGACUAUGACACAGAUUUGGAGAUCGAAGAUAAGGAGGAGGCAUAUGACCCGACGGGGCAGACCUGCUACAUGGAGGCGUGUAAAAAGUAUCAGGUGGUGCCUGCCUCUUACUUCCUGCGGCAUAUGCAAAACAGUGAGCUGUCCAUGAUGCAUCGUGGUCUGGGACCUCAGGGCACCAAAGCACUGGCGGUUCCCCUGGUAACAAACACUUCAAUACUGAGGCUGAACCUGCGAGAUAAUUGGAUGGAAGAAAUGGGUGGAGCUGCUAUAGCCGAGAUGUUAAAGGAAAAUUGUUACAUUACAGAGGUGGACCUAUCUGACAACAAGCUUGGCGAUUAUGGGGCUAAAGCAAUAGCUGGUAUGCUUAAGGAGAACAGCACCCUGGUGAACCUCAACCUGUCAGGAAACCAUUUCACAGACAAGUCUGCUGAAUACCUCGGGCCAGCACUGAUGACCAACACCAAGCUACAGCACCUCGACCUCAGCUACAACGCUCUAGGAAAGAGUGCAGGGCAAAACCUGGGGGAUUCUUUGUCGGAGAACACAGGGUUGAGAUCACUAAGUCUGGCCUGGAACUGCAUUCGAGGGAGAGGGGCUGUGAUGCUGGCAAAUGGCCUCGGGGGAAACAUUUACCUUAGAACAGUGGAUCUGUCAUUUAAUGGCUUUAGCAAAGAAGGAGCCAUUGCUUUAGGACAGGCUCUGAAAGAGAACUCUGUUUUGGAGGAGUUGAAUGUGAGUAACAACCGAAUACCCCCUGAAGGAGCUAUUCGCCUAGCCAUGGGCCUCAGAGUAAACAAGACAAUCAAAUCCCUGAAUAUGGGGAAGAACCCUAUCCAGGAUGCUGGCUGCUAUGGGAUCCUCAAGUCUGUGCAGGAAAACCCAGAUUCAGCCAUGGAGACAUUAGACUUUGGGGACAUCAUAGUGAACCAGGAUUUUGAAGACUUGUAUACGGCAGUGAAAGAAAUUUUCCCUGGGCUUACAGUGAAUUAUGGGGGCAGAUUUGGCAUAUUCAGAAAAGCAAAAGCUUGAAAAGUGUUUUUGUGUAAGUUGUGUAAAAAGUGUAAUUGCUGUACUUUUAGGCUGGAAGAGAUGGAAGGAGUCUUGUCAAAGCCCUGUGGACGUUUUCAGUGACGGAUUGAUCCAUGCAAGGUUAUUAUCUUAAAAGAUUCCGCUGAAUGAAGUGCAUUUGGAUCAAAUACAACUUGUUAAAUACCCAAUCAAUUGAGAAUAAAGAUGAUACGAAAAUAAAAAUUGUUCAUUUUUCAAAAGAAGAAGUACAUACACUCAAUGUGUGCAUGGCUGAAAUAUAAUGUUGUUAAAGCUAUUACAUACUGGCAUACAAUACAGGUAUUGAGUAUGGUUCUUUUUAGGUAUGAUCUGAUUUGAUGUUAUAUAAUCUCAGUGGGUAGAAUGAUGGAGGGGAUCAGAGAGCAGUGCAUUGUGUAUGAAAAGAAGUGAAAGUGGGUUGCACAAAAAGGAUUUAAGUACUGCAUGACUAGUCUAAUAGAGAAACCAGCUUUGAAAGAACGGUCCACAAUUAGAUAAGAGACCUGUUUACUGUAGCAGGAUAACUCAAACAGUGUUAGAUACAGUAAGCUGUCAUUUAGAGACAUGUAUCCCUCCCACAGUCCCCCUAAAAUCGUCAUUUUAUCUCAUAUUAUUCAUGAAAACACAAUAUAUCUUGUAAUAUUACUUAACUAGGCAUGAAGGGAAAGUAGGUAAACAUUUAUUUCAGGACUGUUUUUAAGUACAGUGUUGAUGACGUAUAACUGUUUGGCUCAAAGGAUGGAUUUU